CGGACGAUGCCAUGACGCGGCAGAGCAACAGUGUUGACAGAGUGAGCGCACCCCACCGGAGGGAGCCCCUCGGCCUCGGACGCGGCGCGGCGCGGAGGCAGGUCGCUGCUUGAGAGCACUCCCUCGAAGCCCUUCAGCGGGUGGGGGAGGGGCGGCGGACGACGCGUGAAGCCCCCGUGUGCGCUUGCGCCGGCAUCUCUGGCGACCUGGCCCGCACGCACGCGCAUGCCCAUAGUGCGCGGAGCCGCGGCGGCCGGCGGCACUGCGCGUGCGCGCCGAGAAGCCCGCUAAGGAGCGGCGCUGGCGGACGUCGGGCGGGCAGCUCGUGACGUCGUGAGGAGCGCUUUAAAGUGCGGACCGGGCCGGGCGACCGAGGGUCUGGCCGGGAGUCGGGCCGAUACUCUGCAGCAGCCCUCCGCGGUAUGAGGCGCUGCCAGCGCUCCUGCCCCCCGGGACGUGGAGAAGGUGGAGGAGGAGGAAGUCCCGUUGACGCCACCGUUGCAUGACCCGCCGCCUCUGAAGCUCGACCUCUCGUCAGACCCCUCGACGUCUCUCGCCGGGUUCUCGGGCCACGCAUGGGGGCCUGGCACUGAGGACCCCCUCCCCUCCGGGGGCCCCGGGCCCGUCCCCCGAGAGCCAUGCUCGCCCGCCCCGGAGGACCCUAGAGCAACGUCGCGGGGGCCAUGGCGGCCGCCAGCGGCUACACCGACCUGCGUGAGAAGCUCAAGUCCAUGACGUCCCGGGACAACUAUAAGGCAGGCAGUCGGGAGGCUGCGGCCGCCGCCGCCGCCGCCGUGGCUGCCGCCGCUGCGGCCGCCGCCGCCGCCGAGCCUUACCCGGUGUCCGGGACCAAGCGCAAGUACCAAGAGGAUUCGGACCCGGAGCGCAGCGACUACGAGGAGCAGCAGCUGCAGAAGGAGGAGGAGGCGCGCAGGGUGAAGAGCGGCAUCCGCCAGAUGCGCCUCUUCAGCCAGGACGAGUGCGCCAAGAUCGAGGCCCGCAUCGACGAGGUGGUGUCCCGCGCCGAGAAGGGCCUGUACAACGAGCACACGGUGGACCGGGCCCCGCUGCGCAACAAGUAUUUCUUCGGCGAAGGCUACACGUACGGUGCCCAGCUGCAGAAGCGCGGGCCGGGCCAGGAGCGCCUCUACCCGCCGGGCGACGUGGACGAGAUCCCCGAGUGGGUGCACCAGCUUGUGAUCCAGAAGCUGGUGGAGCACCGCGUCAUCCCCGAGGGCUUCGUAAACAGCGCCGUCAUCAACGACUACCAGCCCGGCGGCUGCAUCGUGUCGCACGUGGACCCCAUCCACAUCUUUGAGCGCCCGAUUGUGUCCGUGUCCUUCUUUAGCGACUCGGCGCUGUGCUUUGGCUGCAAGUUCCAGUUCAAGCCGAUCCGGGUAUCAGAACCUGUGCUUUCCCUGCCGGUGCGCAGGGGGAGCGUGACUGUGCUCAGUGGAUAUGCUGCUGACGAAAUCACUCACUGCAUACGGCCUCAGGACAUCAAGGAACGCCGAGCAGUCAUCAUCCUCAGGAAGACAAGAUUAGAUGCACCCCGGUUGGAAACAAAGUCCUUGAGCAGCUCCAUAUUGCCACCCAGCUAUGCUUCAGAUCGCCUGUCAGGAAACAACAGGGACCCCGCUCUGAAACCCAAGCGGUCCCACCGCAAGGCGGACCCUGAUGCUGCACACAGGCCCCGGAUCCUAGAGAUGGAUAAGGAAGAGAACCGGCGCUCAGUGCUGCUGCCCACACACCGGCGGAGGGGUAGCUUCAGCUCUGAGAACUACUGGCGGAAGUCCUACGAGUCCUCGGAGGAGUGCUCAGAGGCAACAGGCAGCCCUGCCCGCAAGGUGAAGAUGCGGAGGCACUGAGGCCUGCCGUCACCCUCCUGGAACUCUGGCUAAUCCUCACGUAGCUGCCCCUCCUUUUGUUUUGUUUUGAGGGUUUUUGUUUUGUUUUGAUCUUAUAUAUAUAUAUAUUUUCCCCCCUGGUUUGUUGCCCAUUAAGGCUGAAGAACAGAAUUUGCCAAGACCUGGGUUCUUGUGUUUUUGGCUUUCCUCCUGGAUGGAAAGGCUGUUGGUCUUUGUAGGGUGUAGAACUCAUGCUGGAGUAGCCAGUAGAGGUGUGGGGAGCAGCUAUCUUCAAGUAGGGCUGUGUCAGACUGGAUUUAUUUAAAAACAGAAAAAUGUUUAGUUAAGGAAUUCUUGUUUUUGCUUUAAAUGUAAAUCUUCUCAGUGUUCUAAACAAAGUUCAGUCUCCUGCCCGCCCCUUUCCUCCACUGAUGUUCACGCUCUGUUGAGGUUUAUUGGAGCAUUGUGGGCUUUGCCUGGGGCUGGCUGCCCUCACUUUUCACCUCUGCUCUCCAGGUUCUGGAAGCUCAUGCAAAAACCCUCUUCCUUCCUCUGCUGUUCAGAUUGGCUCUGUGGGGCUUAGACAGUGCCAGUCCCUUCCACCCCAAAGCAAUUGAUGAGCCCCCUAGGCUUCCUUCACACCCUCUGGCCUGCUCUGCCCACCAUUUCUUGUGGGCUGCCAAGGGGCUAGCACAGUGGUCCUGACCUCUCUUGCCAAGAGCAUGCCUCUUUGCUGGGUUGCUCCUUUCAGGCAUAUGCGUGUGAUUGUACGGAAGUUAGACUUGCCAUGUGGGGUCAGUUUUAGGAAUUGUUUCUAGCUAGGACUGGUGUCCUUCCAAGUCUAGCAUUUGGGGUAUGGGAAAUCAUUGUGUGUGGUAGGGUUUUUGUUUUCUUUUGUUUAAAGGGUUUUUUGGGGGGGGUUUCCCCUCUUUGGUCUCUUGGCUUUUUCUUUUUCCUUUCUUUUCCAUUGGCCAGCUUAGGCCUCUUCCUCAUGUCAUCCCUCUAGGAAGGUGCCCACUCUUCUGUCCUCUUGCAGCAUGCAUCCAGGGCCAGAGCUCAGACCUGCAGAUGGGUUGGUGCCUUCUCUGCCUCAGGGGCGUGGGAACUGGGGAAGGGGCUUCUAAAAAAUAAUAAAAUAAAAUAAAAUAAAAAGGUGAAGUCUUUGGCAGUUUCUACCCACUCAGAUCCUGGAAAGCUGCAAGGUUUUGCUGAUCUAGAUUCAUUACAAAUGUCUUCUUGCUAACCAACCAGGAUCUGGGCCUGCCAAAAGCAGAGGCCCUCCCGGAAACCAGGCCACCACCACUCCACGGGGCUUUGUGUAUAGAGGCCUGGACCUGAGGCCUCAGAGGCUGCAGAAAUCUGGGGCAGCCACCAUCAAGAAGCCCCUUUCAGGGGCCAGAACUCCUCUGCCAGCGUGGAUUCCUCAAGUCAGAACUGCGUAACUAAAGCAGUUGCAGUUUUAUUUUUUUUACAGCUUUUUCUUUUCCCAAAAAAUGAUUUGUAGUUGUGUGUGCAGCACUUUGCCCUGAUAUGUGUGCUCUACAAUAAAAACCAAAUCUAAUAUAUUUUGAAA